CCAACUGAUCAUCGAGCGGGACUGCACGGACUGGAAGUGGUCGAGGUAGUCGCCCGAGGAGCCGAGGAAAGCAGCCGCGGCGCGGCGGGCUGCCCCGGCGCCCGGAGACAGACACAUCCAACCUUGAUAAAGGGAUGCGCGCCGCAAUCAGCGCACUGAGCUCGCGGGCUGCGGUGGUGGGCCCCUCGGAGGACUCGGACAUCGAUGACCUCCCGGCGGCCGAGGACGAGGACGAGGACGACGCGUCGGCGCGGCGCGUCGUCGACAUCACGGUCGUCGAGGCGCCGGCGCAGCCGGCGAGCCGCGUCGUCCGCAUGUGCCCGUCGCUGUGGCCCGACGCGCGCGAGGCGACGGUCUACUUCCCCUACCCGCAGAAGGACGUGAACCUCGAGCGGUCGGGCCCGCUCCCCGUCGCGGCGGACCUCGGGACGCGGCGGCUGGCCUACCGGUGCACGUGGGAGCGGAACUGCAUCAAGAACGCCUUCAGCCUCGCGGGCUUCCGCCGCGUCAAGGACGGCACCGAGCUGCGGGCCCUCAAGGGCGUCCGGGGCGAGGCGUCGCCGGACGGAUCCGGCUCGGGGCUCGCGGACUUCGUGGGCGGCCUCCUCGGCCUGGCCCCGACCGGGGCGGCCGGCGGCAAGAAGAAGGGCAAGAAGGCCCUCGACGCCCACGUGACGAAGCUGCCGUGGUGCGCGUCGUGGACCAAGCACCCCGGGGCCGAGGUCUACGCGACGCAGCGGCGGCACCAGCGCGUGAACCACUUCCCGGGGUCGUGGUGCAUCGGGCGGAAGGACCGGCUGCUGCGCUGCCUGGGCCGCGCGCGCAGCCGCGGCGGCACCGCGGCCAAGGCCUACGCCUUCAUGCCCGAGGGCUACAUCCUGCCGGGCGAGGCCCGGGCGCUCGAGGGCAAGGCGAAGCUGGACAAGCACGCCGUGUGGAUCGUCAAGCCGCCGGCGAGCUCGUGCGGCCGGGGCAUCCGGCUCGCCACGUCGCGCGAGCUGACGGCGGGCACGCUCCCGAAGGAGAAGAAAUACGUCGUGCAGCGCUACGUCGACGCGCCCUUCCUCGGCGUGAACGGCCGCAAGUUCGACCUGCGGCUCUACGCCCUGGUCACGUCCGUCGACCCGCUCGUCGUCUACGUGCACGAGGACGGCCUCGUGCGCUUCUCGACGCACGCGUACACGAUGCGCAACCUGCGCUGCCGCUACGUGCACCUGACGAACUACUCGGUGAACAAGAAGUCGAAGCGCUACGUCGAGGCCGACGGCGACGGCGCCGAGGCCGCCGACGCCGACGACGACGGCGGCGACGACGACGACGGCGACGACGACGACGACGACGAGGAGGCCGCCGCGGGCCCCGCGGACCCGACGGCCGGCGGCGCCGACCCCGAGGACGCCUUCAAGUGGCCGCUGCAGGCGCUGUGGCGCUGGCUCGACGCGCACGGCCACGACGCGGCGGCGGUGCGCGCGCGCUGCCACGACCUCGUCGUCAAGACGCUCAUCGCCGCCGAGGCCGAGCUGACGCCGCACAACGUCCAGGCGUGCCGGGCCGCGCGGCCGGCCGGCGCGCCGCCGGCGCCGCGGCGGCCGUGCUACGAGCUCUUCGGCUUCGACGUGCUGCUCGACGCGGACCUGCGGCCCUGGCUCAUCGAGGUCAACAUCUCGCCGUCGCUCAUGGGCAACUCGGUGCUCGACCGGCGCAUCAAGGGCCGCCUCGUGGCCGACGUCUUCCACACGACGGGCUUCCGGCCCUUCUCGACCAAGGCCGCGCGCAAGGAGGCGCGCGCCGCGCGCCGCGACCGCCUCGACCGGUCGCGCGCCGGCGGCCCGGCGCGGCCGGCCGGCGGCGCGGGCGCGCAGCAGGACGCCUGGCGCCGCUCGGGCCGGCCCGAGGACGUCGCGCUCGAGCGGCUCGGCCCGGACGACUGGGACGUCGUCUGCCACGCCGAGGACGAGCUCCGGCGCGCGCGGAGCGGCGGCUUUUCGCGCGCGUGGCCGCCGCCGCCGUUCCGUUACGACCUGUGUGGAAAUCAAAAUUCGCGACGCGUUCGUCCUGAACCGCCGGCGUCGACCUCCACGUCAUCGACGCGACGCCUGCUCGAUAGCGUGGCGGUGCCGGUUCCUCACCGCUCGACGGAGCCAGCACGGCAGCGUCGUAACCGACUCACUGGUUGAUUUCCACGCAGGCUACGAUGCGGCCGACGCCGACGCUGGCUGGACGAACGCGCGCGCUGCGCAGGCCGCGCAGGCCGCCAAGGAGAAGAGCGACGCGUACCUGCCGCUCUUCGAGUGCCUCCGCUUCUCGGACUGCCUCCUCGCGCGCGCCGCGCAGCUGCCCGUGCGCAAGCUCUACGAGCACUGCCCCCUCGGGCCGCCGAGGGCGCUCGUGCCGCCGCCGCGCGAGCCGAGACCUGCGGCGGCGUCUCCGAAGAAGUCGCUCCUCCGGUCCGCCGUGUCGGUCGUCAAGGCCGCCGUCCAGCUCUCGCCGCGCAAGCCGCGCGCGGGCCCGGCCGCGCCGGAGCACGCCUCGCGGCGGCCGGAUCACGCCACCCGGCGGCCGGGGUCGGCGCGGCGACGCGCUGCGGCAGCCGCGCUCGCCGACAACGAGGGCGCGCCGCCCCCGAAGCGGCCGCCGCGGCCGCACUACCGCGGCACCGCCAAGACCGACGCGGCGAUCGCCUUCCGCCGCGACAGGGCCGCGAAACCGGCGGCGCCGACGCCCGCGGACCGGUUCCGCACCGUCGACGAGAGCGCCUCGUGGUCUUUUGAUUAUUUGAGCCUGUUCUCGGACGGCGAAGGCCGUUCCGCGUCCUCUUCUUCACACUCUCGCGGGGCCGAGCGCGUCCCAAGGCCGGCAUCGGCCGGCGCGCGCCAACCGCCGCCGCGCCCGAAGCUGGCCACUCAGCAGCUGGGCCUCGAAGUGGGACGGCCCGCCCUCGCGGAUGAUCGCGCGGCGUCGAUGCGGUGGUGACCUUGGCGCCUGUUAAUUAGGAACUAUCUCGAUUAUGGUCGUCCGGACAUAAGUGCUUUGCUUAGA